AUGUCCACGCGCCAAACUCCCCCUUUCUCGUCCCUCCCUCUACGUCCAGACGGACCACACGGCAAUGCCUGGGGUCUCUACGGCCCCAACGACAACCUCGGCCGCCUCAACCUCCUCGACCCCCAAACCACUUUGUCCGCAAUCCGCGAAAUCCACGACGGCAUCCGCAUAUCCACCGACUGGUCUCUAGACAGCAUGCUCCAACAACCCUGUUUCGGGCGCAAACCAUUCGAGCAGACCAUCGUCAACAAGGCGCCAAGGUCUGUGAAUGAUGAUGUUCUUGUGCUGAAUACGCAGAUAAGUUCGCAGUGGGAUGGGUUUAGGCAUUAUGGGUAUCAAAAGGAGAGGCUAUAUUAUAAUGGAUAUACGUUGGAGGAUUUGUUGGCGACGAAGGUUAAUGGCAUUCAUGCGUGGGUAGAAAACGGUGGCAUUGUGGGAAGAGGUGUAUUGCUGGACUAUGCUGCAUGGGCAACAGCUCAUAAUAUGAGCACAGACUGCUUCUCAACAACUUCCAUCACAGUCUCCCAAUUGAAAGAAAUAGCAGCAUCACAGGGCACGACGCUACAACGCGGCGACAUCCUCUUCAUUCGCACAGGCUGGAUACAGGCAUACAACCAGCUUACAAUAGAAGUACGACAAGCAUUAGCAGAUAGUAAAAAUCCGGCCGCAAUUGGCGUCGAGUCAUCCGAGGAGACACUCGAAUGGGUAUGGGAGCAAGGUUUCGCAGCCGUUGCAGGAGAUCAGCCGAGUUUCGAGGCAUGGCCUUGCCAGAAUACGGACUUUUGGCUGCAUGAAUGGUUUCUGGCGGGUUGGGGACUGCCGAUAGGUGAGCUGUUUGAUUUGGAGCGGUUGAGUGAGGAGUGUCGGCAGAGAGGAAAGUGGUCGUUCUUCUUUAGUAGUGUGCCAUUGAAGGUUCCUGGUGGAGUAGCAAGCCCACCUAAUGGCGUAGCCAUUCUUUGA